AUGUCAGGACCACCCGCUCCUGCGCCAUCGGCGGCAUCCAAGGCCAAGUCGAAGAAGAGGAAGGCGCAGGACGACUCACAGCCCGCGGGUGCUAAGAAGCAAAAGGCCAGCAAGCACGAGGAGGACGAGGGCAUGCUCGACCUUGAGGCAGGAGUGAACAUGGCCUUUGUCAGGAUGGACCCCCAGCUCCUUGCAGACCACGUCGCCAGGCAGACGAAGCGGUUCGGCACAGACCUGAGCUCCGUGGAGCUGAGCGACCUGUACAUCAGCGCGAACGCCGUCAGGGACACCACAGACUUCGCCAAGGUGAGGGUAAAGGAGAGCUUGCCCGACUUCCUGGAGGAGUUCGCGCCGGGGCCCGAUGAGAAGGAUGCCAAGGCUGUCGAGAAGGAGAGAAAGAGGCUUGGGGAUGCGCCGCCCAAGGUCGGGGCGCCUCACACCAUCAUCGUGGCAGGCGCUGGGCUGAGGGCUGCCGACUUGGUGCGUGCGACGAGGAAGUUCCAGAAAAAGGGGAACGUGGUUUCAAAAUUGUUUGCAAAACAUUUCAAGGUCGAGGAGCAGGUGCAGUUCCUCAAAAAGAGCAAGACUGGCAUCGCGGUAGGAACUCCUGCGCGCUUGGAGGCCUUGCUCGACAACGGUGCACUCUCAAUCGAGUACCUGAAGCGCAUCGUGGUUGAUGCUUCCCACAUUGACCAGAAAAAGAGGGGCAUCAUGGACAUGAAAGACACAAUGAUGCCUCUUUCCCGGUGGCUGACGAGAAAUGAGUUCAAGGAGAGGUACGCGGCCAAAGAGAAGCCUCUGGAUCUUCUCUUCUUCUGA